AUGAAGGGUUUAAAAAUUGUUCCAUUGAAAUUUAAAUUUCUCGGUGAAACAAGAGAAAAUGAAGAUAAUAUUACUAUAGCAAAUAAAUCAGUACAAAAAAAAAUAUCAAUAAAAAAGAGUCAAAGUUAUGAAGAAAGAACUGAAUGGUAUUCAAUAAUAUUAGCAUAUAUUAUGAUGUUUUUUUGUGGUAUUCAUAUUUCUGUUUAUUUCACUUCUAUGUGGCCAUAUUUAAGUACUUUGAAUCCUAAUGUUAAUAUUGAUGUUCUUGGAUGGAUUGUUGCUUCAUUUAGUAUUGGUCAAACUUUUGGUUCUCCUGUUUUUGGAUUUUGGAGUCAAAAAUCUUCUUCCACUAAAAAUGUUGUUUGUUGUGGUAUAUUUUUUACAAUUAUUGGUAAUAUAAUUUAUGCAGCUCUUCCAAAUUUUUCUUCAAACUGUGUUGUUGAAUGGAUGAUUGUUAGUAGAUUAAUUGUUGGUUUUGGUUCAGGAUGUCUUGGAACAUUAAGAGCAUAUGUUGCAACAUCAUGUCUUAGUAAAGAUCGUAGAAGAGUAGUUGCAUUAGGAAUUGCUUCAUUUGUUUUAGGUUUAUCAUCAGGACCUGCUGUACAAGCUGCUUUUACACCAUUUGGUGAAUAUACAGGAAAAUUUUUCCUUGGUAUUACUAUUAAUAUGUUUACAGCACCACCAAUAGCUAUGAUAAUCUUAUCAAUUGGAGCUAUUAUAUUUUUCCAUUUUACUUUUGUAGAAAAUUAUGUUGGUGUUAUAAAAAAAAAUAAUUUAGAGGAUGGUGAAACACCUAUAAAAAUACCUAAAUUUGAUAAAAUUGCUGUAUGUGUUUGUAUUUAUUUAUGGUUUGCACAACAAUCAGUUUCUACAAAUAUUGAAGUUAUUGCAGCACCAUUAACAAUAUCAAUGUAUAAUUGGAAUGAUGAAGAAGCUAUUCUUUAUAAUGGAAUGUUUUUUAGUUUAGCAUGCCUUUUAAGUGUAUCAAAUUAUCUUAUUCAAGCAUUUACACCAGUAGGAAAAAUUGAUAAAAGAAAAUUAAUUGUUUUUGGAUUAACAAAUUUUAUAAUAUUUCAUGUUAUAAAUUAUCCAUAUGGAUUUUAUGGUGGACAUCUUGAUCCUAUAAAACUUGCACCAAACUCAACAAUAGAAGAUACUGCAUAUAGUGGUGGAUGUUCAAGUAAAUAUGAUUGGUGUAAUACAAUGACCCGAGUACCUUUAAUAUUAUAUGCUAUAACAAUGAUUUUAUGUUUUGGAUUUGCUUAUCCUUACACUGCUGCUCCAAAUGGUACAAUGUUUGCUGAAGUUUUGGGUCCACGAAAACAAGGAGGAAUGCAAGGAAUUUUUGAGUCUUUUGGUGCAUUAGCUAGAUGUAUCGGGCCUGUUGUUGCAACAAAACUUUUUGAAAUAUCCGGUUCGAGAUUAUGCAUGUUAACACAAGGAAUUAGUUUAUCAAUAGGAAUUGUAUUAAUUCUAAUAUUUAGAAAAAGGCUUGUACCCCUUGUUGUGCCUGGAGUUGUCGAAAAAUAA